ACCCGACGCUUGGGGACGUGGUCGCAGGUUGCAGCCAUACCCAACCUCGAAUUUGCUGUUUGACAGAAUGGAAGAGUGUACGGCAAGGGAGAUGGCGGCGUCCUUUAGACAAGCACAAGGGCUUCUUCCUUUCUAAAACAUCGACACUCUGACUUAAGAGUAGCGAAGGAACAGAACAGAAUAGAACAGAAAACUACGAAGAGCCAAGAACCUUUUCCUGGUUCACACUUGUCUGCAUCGUCGGUUUAUCGCCCUCUCUGACCUCUCCCUCUCUCUCUCUCUCUCUCUAAAUCAAUGGCAAGCACCUCAACUAACCUUUUCAAUUGCCAUAUCAAGGAAAACAAUACCACCCAGAUUCAGAAUACCUCGACUACUCAAAACCCAAAGCCCCACCCAGACUGGUAUUCACCAGAGACAGGAAUCUACCACAGCAAACACACACCCGUAGAGCUUCCCUCAGACCCAUUUCUUGACGUUGUUUCAUUCCUCUUCUCCCACAAGCACCAUGGGGUCUCAGCUCUCAUUGAUCCCUCAUCUGGGUCUUCAGUCUCCUACCCAGAACUAUAUCCCUUGGUGGAAUCUAUGGCCUCUGGACUCCACAUUAUGGGUGUCUCACCAGGUGAUGUGGUUUUAAUCUUGUUGCCAAACUCCAUUUACUAUCCCAUUCUUUUUCUGGGUGUUCUGUAUUUGGGUGCAAUUGUUACAACCAUGAAUCCUCUUAGUAAAGUGCUCGAAAUCAAGAAGCAGAUUGACGAUUGUAAUGUGUGCUUGGCUUUCACUUCACAUGAAAAGGUUAAAAAAUUGCAAGCAUUGGGUAUUCCGGCUAUUGCUGUUCCAGAAGACGUGAAUUUGGAUUCCAAGCAAACUGCUUUUUCAGCUUUCUUUAAACUUAUUUCCGGUAGUUUUGGUUUGGCUCCUAGGCCAGUGAUUAAGCAGCAAGACACCGCUGCCAUAAUGUAUUCAUCUGGGACUACCGGCAUGAGCAAAGGUGUUGUGCUAACACAUGGGAAUUUUAUAGCUAUGCUUGAGCUUUUCGUGAGGUUUGAGGCUUCGCAGUACGAAUAUUCAAGUGUGGAUAAUGUUUUUCUAGCUGUUCUACCCAUGUUUCAUAUAUAUGGACUGUCUCUAUUCGUUUUAGGAUUGCUGGCUUUGGGUUCUAGCAUUGUCGUGAUGAGGAAAUUUGAUAUGAAUGAGGUGAUGAAUGUCAUUGAUAGAUAUAGCGUUACACACUUUCCAGUUGUUCCGCCGAUGUUGUCAGCAUUGACAAGGAAAGCCAAGGAUGCUGUUAGAAGUAGUUGUAAGAGUUUGAAGCAGGUUUCCUGUGGAGCAGCUCCUUUGACCAGUAAAGUCAUAGAGGACUUUAUUCAGACACUGCCUGAUGUUGAUCUCAUUCAGGGUUAUGGCAUGACUGAGUCAACUGCAGUAGGAACUCGUGGCUUCAAUACUGAAAAUAUUCAAAAUUAUUCUUCAGUAGGACUAUUGGCUCCAAAUAUGCAAGCUAAAGUGGUAGAUUGGAGUACUGGAUCCUUUUUGCCUCCUGGCAGUGGUGGUGAGCUUUGGCUACGAGGACCAGCAAUCAUGAAAGGAUAUUUGAAUAAUGCAGAAGCUACUAUGUCAACAGUUGACACAGAUGGUUGGCUACAUACUGGAGACAUCGUAUGUUUUGAUCAAGAGGGAUACAUACAUAUAUUCGAUCGCUUGAAAGAGAUCAUCAAAUACAAGGGCUUUCAGAUUGCUCCUGCUGAUUUAGAAGCUGUGUUGAUCUCCCAUCCUGAGAUACUUGAUGUUGCAGUAACGGGUACCGUGGAUGAAGAAUAUGGAGAGAUACCAGUGGCAUUUGUGGUGAGGAAGCAUGGAAGUAGGCUUUCCUCAGCAGGUGUCAUGGAUUAUGUCUCUGAACAGGUUGCACCGUACAAGAAAGUCAGAAAGGUGGUCUUUACGAACUCCAUACCGAAGUCUGCAGCAGGAAAGAUCCUUCGGAGGGAACUCAGGAUCCUCUUGACUUCUAAACUCUGAAGCCUUUUCUUAUGCAUGCCUCAUUCGUAAGUAGCACUGAUUUUUUUCAAGAUAGAGCCUUGAGAAAUGAACAGAGAGCUUUACUUUAAAUCUUCAUUUUUGCCAAGUAUAAUUGUUGGAAGAAAUCCAUGUCUAAUCAAAACACGCCAUGAGUAUGAGUCUAACUUUUCUUUUUAAUAAGAUUGCUUGCCAAGUACAA